UUGGAAUUACAUCCAUACAGGUUUGAACCCAUGUCCUACCGUCCCGGCGACAAGGUGUUUGCUAAAAUUAAGGGAUUUUCGAAUUGGCCCGCGCGUGUUAACCCCCUUCCACCUGAUGUACAGAUACCAAAAGGCAAACUACCUGUGUUCUUUUAUGGAACAUAUCAAGUUUCGUUUGUACCGGUCAAGAAUAUCGUACCAUAUGAGAAAUUCAAGGAGAAGCUAGGCAAACCAAAGUCCAGUCCUCAGUUUAUGACUGCUAUGCAGGAGAUCGAGUCUAAUCCUGGAAUAUAUAUGCUAGGUGAAGACCCACGUGCGGAACGCUUCCUGCUGCAGUUUUACCAAUUCCAACCAGGUAAG